AUGCUUGCAGUACAUUGUGGUAUAGGUAGGCAUUUACCUGGUAUUGACAAGUUAUGUUCUCAGGCGGUGAAAGAACGUGACACAGUCAAAGCUGUUAUGGUAUGUUUCAUCUUUGGUUUUUACUGUUAAUAUUCAAAUUUAGUGUUUAGAAUCAGAUCCUCGAACAAACUGUGGCAUAGGCUCAUCAUUAACAGAGGAUGGUCAAGUUGAAUGUGAAGGUGCUUAUAUGCAGUCUGAAAAUAUGUUAUUUGGAGCGGUAGGAGCUCUAUCAAAUAGUAAACAUCCAAGUUUGUUAUCUAAAAAGCUAGUGGAGUCUACAAACAAUGACAAUUUGAUAUGGCCGAUGGUUCUGGUAGGUAAGGGAGCAGGUGAAUUUGCUGUUAAAAUGGACGUACCUACUUGUUCACAGUCAGAAUUGAUAUCAGAUUCUGGAGAAGUGGCUAGGAAGAAGGCUAAGUUACAGUUGGAACAGUUUGAUACUGUUGGAGCUUUGAGGAUAUCAGUAAGGUUUUGACAUUAGCUUUGAUAUUCACUAAAGAUUAUAUGUAUUUUCAGUUGAUUUUUUUCAUAUUGUAUGUAUUUGUUUACGUGUUAUGUUACUUCUGUUAAACGUAGCGUUUUAGGAAACUGGUGAAUGUGAAGCUUCUAUAUCAUCAGGAGGCAUACUGUUGAAGAAAAGAGGCCGAUUGGGCCACAGUACUGUGUUUGGAGCUGGUAUUUGGGCAGAACAACGGAAAGACAUAGACAUGUCAGUAUGUAUGACACUGUCAGGAUGUGGGGAGUGUAUUAUGAAAACGCAUAUGGCUGAGAAGAUUGCAAAUGAUCUUUUUAACAAGUAUGUUAUCUACUUUUUUUGGGUAUAAAAUGAGUUUUUUAUGAAUUAUGUUUGAAGUAAAAUGUUCUCUAGACAGUAGUAACUUAUGCUACAUUCAUGGCUCAAAUUUGAAAUUUUAUACUGGGAGGGUGAUAAAUUUUUAAUAAUCAAACAAAACGUCAGUUUUUAAAUUUUAAAUUAAGAAUAAUACCUCUUUCUGACGUUUCUUUAUAUAUUUGGAUCCAAAAGUCCAAUAACAACCGCCAAUCUCUUUAUCACAUAAUAUGCUAGACUCUCUCUUUUGAUUACUUAAAAACGAACCUUUUUUAGCCCAGAAGCCAUCUCGAUCCAAACGAUCGAAUCAUCGGUUCAGCGGAAUUUCGUUGAGUCACCACUGCUCGCGGCCUAUUCGGAGCCGGUCAAGAAGCUGGGCGGAUUAGUUGGAGUCCGAAAAGACGGUUUAUUCGAAUUAGUCGCUUUCCAUAACUCACACGCCCUCCCUCUGGCCUACUCAUCCGGCCCCACCACCAAACGUCGCACUCUCCAGGGAUCGGAUAAACAUUUUGUUUAUGAGGCCUUUACAAUAAACACUUGA